CAAACCAUCAGUUCAUUGGCAAGGCAACAUGUCUGAAAUUCGCAGUACGUAACUUAGGAAAGGCGAACUGCAAAGAUUUCACAUGAAAUUACAUCCAUCGCGUUAUGCGUUCGAUGGUAAAUUGCACCGAGCUCGUACAGAGCACGGGGCAAUAUCCUCCCGCCAGCUCCCCGCGAUCCUUCAUCGCCGGGAUCAAGCCCCGAGCAUAAAGACAGCCGACUUCAUCAUGUUCGUCCAUGGCGCUGAAGGUGCCGGCGUGCAACAACAGUGGUAAAAAGAAGCAGAACCACUUUCACAUAUAAUAUUACACAGAGAGAGAGAGAGGCAUUUCCUCUGUGCGGCUCAUGAAUACCACGAAUAUUUAUAUAGCAUCACCACAUGGCACAAGCCAGUAGCAGAGCGCAAACAAGAAGAUACCCUUCGCUCUGUCUCUCUCUCUGCACCCACAUGGCGAUUGCUGCUGGAGGGGGAGGAGGAGGGCGCUUCCUAGCACGUCUCAUCGACUCAUCGGAGCGGUCGUCCUCCUCAUCCGCCAAGUCCUCUGCUUCCGGUCCAUCCAUGGCCUCCAGGCUCUCAUUCCACUUCCCCACUCACAGGUAUCGGAGUUCAUGCUCAUUGAACAUGAAUGGCUGCGAAGGGGACCCCACGGCCCCCAUCGGCACCGCCGAGACCCGCACCUUCCCGGCCGUGGCGACGCUGGGCCUCGCCGUGGACCGCCUCAGCUCCGCCGUCGCCGGCCUCAAGGCGAGCCCGCCAGGUCUCGGCUCCGGCAUUAUCCGCCUUCAGGUGCCGAUCCACGAGAAGAUCGAAGCGAUCGACUGGCUCCACUCUCAGCGCCAGCUCCUCCCCCGCUGCUUCUUCUCCGGCCGGGACUCCGCCGGCGGCAGGUCCGAUUGCCUCCUCGAGCCGUCCUCGGCCGCCAGCGGCAACGGCAACGGCAACGAGCAUCUCCGCCGCCGGACGGGGCACAGGCUGGUCAGCGUCGCCGGCAUCGGAUCCGCGGUGUUCUUCCGCCGCGUUCGCCCCUUCUCCUACGAAGAUUGGUUGUCCAUCAAAAGGUUCCUCUCCACGAGCUGCCCUUUAAUCCGUGCUUAUGGGGCGAUUCGCUUUGAUGCGAGAUCGAACGUGUCGCCAGAGUGGGAGGCUUUCGGUUCGUUCUACUUUAUUGUUCCUCAGGUUGAGUUUGAUGAGCUCGAAGAGAGCUCUAUGCUUGCAGCUACUGUUGCAUGGGACAAUGCCCUUUCUUGGACUUGGGAAAAGGCCAUAAAUUCGCUGGAAGCUACAAUAAACCAGGUAUCGUCACUGGUAAUGAAGUUAAGAAAGCAAGUUCCUAAAGCAUUCAUCUUAAGUAAUAAUCACGUUCCCAGCAAGAACUGCUGGGAUCUUGCAGUGAAGAGAGCUUUGCAGAUGAUUAAUGGUGAUGACUCUGCCCUCAUUAAGGUUGUGCUAGCACGAAGCAGCAGAUUCCUUACUGCUACAGACAUAGAUCCUAUAGCAGGGCUCGCUUGUUUACAGAUUGAAGGGGAAAAUGCUUACCAGUUUUGUCUUCAGCCACCUAAUGCUCCAGCAUUCAUUGGAAACACGCCAGAGCAACUAUUUCACAGACGCUGGCUUAGUAUCAGCAGUGAAGCUUUGGCUGGAACACGUGCUAGAGGUGAAUCAGUGGCUUCGGAUCUCCAAAUAGAACUUGACUUGCUUUCAAGUCCAAAGGACCAUCUUGAGUUUACUAUAGUGCGGGAGAGCAUAAGAAGAAAAUUAGAGGCUGUAUGUAGUGGAGUGGUUGUAGAACCAAGAAAAGCAAUUCGAAAACUUUCUAGAGUUCAACAUCUACAUGCUGUACUGGCUGGUACAUUGAGAAGUGAAGGUGAUGAGUUUGACAUUUUGUCUUCUCUCCACCCGAGUCCAGCAGUUUGUGGAUUUCCGACAGAAGAAGCAAGGCUUUUAAUUGCUCAAACUGAGGUAUUUGACCGAGGAAUGUAUGCUGGACCUGUGGGCUGGUUUGGAGGGGGAGAGAGUGAGUUUGCUGUUGGUAUUAGGUCAGCUUUGGUUGGAAAGGGCCUUGGUGCUUUAAUUUAUGCUGGGACCGGGAUAGUGGAAGGAAGCAAUCCAUCUUCCGAAUGGGAUGAACUGGAAAUCAAGAUAUCUCAGUUCAUGAAAUUGCUCAAACUUGAGGUGCCUUCACGACAAGAGUUGAUGACUUAGGGAUGAGCAUACUAAAGGGUUUGUCUCAUGCUCUCUGUGACAACUGAUGUACUGAAGAUCACUAGAUUUCAGAUGCAGAGGUUAUUGAUACUAAGUAGUCCAUGUUCUUUAGUUUUUGCUCUUCUACUUCUGCCCAUCUUUUUGCCUCUUCAAGUGAUUGAUCUUGUACCUAGCUUUUUCGAAAAACGAUCCUCCCGGCUUGGGUCUUUGUUUGGUAUCUUUACUCCCCACAGUAGGACAUCUUGUUGCCACUUUUUGUCCACUGUCGGAAGCACUGCCAGUAUAAUGCUUCAGUCUUUUUUAAAGGAUAUUUUUCCAGGGGCAAUGUAAAACAGAAUAAACCUACCGAAAUAACUUCAUUAAACCAGAAGAUGACUGACCAUGUUAUCUGCAUUCGUCCAACAUUUUUUUCUAAUCAUAGAGCAGAAGUAGUGACACCAAUCUAGUGUACUUCUGAACCUGUAUCUCCAACUUCUAUUUAGGGAGAGGUUCUUGCUUUCUUUGUCGACUUUGUUUAUGUGCACUUGUAAGUACAUUGCUGUACGUGUUUCGGUCUUUA